GGUAAUGGUAAAAGUAGAUCAUCACCUGAUCGACUCAGUGUAGACACGUGAUCACGAGCUCACAUGUACUAGGUAAACAAACUAUGACCUUCGAAGUUAGAUUGCAUGUUGAUCACAUCUGUAGUUGGAUACUGAUGAUCUAGUAGUAGGUCCAUCAAUCCAUUUCUAUCAUUUGUGGAAUUCAAAUCAAACUUCAAAGGAAGAUUUUGAGUGUUCACCAUGGAAGCUUGUUCUUGUUUUACAACUAGCUGUGUGGUAUUGCUCCUACUCGCCGUGCAGUUAACCACAUGUACAACUGCCAUACCAUGUCACCAACAGCGCUUUCCUGGAGGGGACACAUUUGUGUGCGUCUGUAACUCCACCUACUGUGAUACUGUAGAGGAUUAUGAGCCGAUGCAGUCUGGCCACUUCACGGUAUACACCUCCAGCAAUACAACGGGAGAUCGUCUAACCAAGAGGGUGUAUCCCAUCUCAACGACAUCAAAUUCUACAGGUUCCACCGUUACCAUCAAGAUUGACAAGGCCACCAGAUACCAGUCAGUCAUUGGAUUCGGUGGAUGUACCACUGAUGCUGCAACAAUCAAUGCAUUCAGCCUCUCCAACAGUUCCAGACAUAACCUCAUGAAGUCUUACUUCUCCCAGGAUGGUAUUGAGUACACCUUAAGCCGUGUACCUAUAGGCUGUACUGACCUAUCCACUCACUACUACUCCUACGAUGAUCAUCCUGGGGACUUUAAUCUUGACAACUUCUCUCUAGCUACAGAGGAUUUCAAGUAUAAGAUCCCCUUCAUUCAAGAAGCCAUGUCCGUGUCUCGUCGUGGUAUCAAGCUCUUUGGUAGCCCCUGGACCCCACCCAUAUGGAUGAAGACUAAUAACAACUAUAAAGGACCGGGACAGAUCUUUGGCAAUCCGGGAGAGAAAUACUACAAGACAUGGGCAAACUAUUUUAUCAGGUUUUUUGAGGAGUACAGGAAGCACAACGUGACCUUCUGGGGCGUGACGGUGGAGAACGAACCAAUGGCAGGUGGCAUCAACAAUUACAAGACCCCCUCCUGUUACUUCACCCCCGAGAUGGAGAGGGACUUCAUCAAGCUCGACCUGGGACCUGCCCUACACGCCAACGGCUUUGGUGACCUGGAGCUGAUGAUGCUGGAUGAGCAGAGGUAUGAAUUACCUGGCUGGCCUGAAGUUGUGCUGACUGAUGCAGAUGCCAGGUCUUACGUGUCUGGCAUUGGUAUCCAUUGGUACUGGGACAAGGAAACGCCCCUUCUCAAGCUCGACCUGACGCACAUGUACUUUCCAGACUUCUUCAUGCUGUACACAGAGGCCUGCAACGGGAGACCAGCAACCCUGGGCUUAUGGGCGGAAGGAGAGAGCUACAGCCAAAGCAUCAUGGAGAACAUGAAUCACUGGGUGUCUGGUUGGACGGACUGGGAUAUGGCUCUCAAUCUCGAAGGCGGACCAUCCUUCACCGGAAACCUUCUCAAUGCUCCUAUCAUCGUGGAUGCGGAGAAAGACGUCUUCUACAAGCAACCCAUGUUCUACCAUCUGGGUCACUUCAGCAAAUUUAUUGUUCCUGACUCUCACCGUAUACCCCACACCGUGGAUUCAGACACUAAGUUACUGAGUAUUGCUUUCCAGCUACCAGAUCAACACACCUAUGCAAUCGUCCUUCUAAAUAAGGAGGACCAAGCCGUGGAUGUGACUAUAUCGGACCCUGAUGUGGGUUAUAUCAAUGCUAGGAUACCAGCCGAAUCUAUUCAGACCUACCUCUGGACAGACAAGUAAAAUCGUUCCAGGGGGUGUUUCAUAAAGAUCUUAAGUUGAACUUAUCUCUAAGUUGGACCUAACAAAUAUGGAAAGUCGUU